CUGCCCGGAACUUAGAUCACAAGUGUGCAUGUGCGCUGACGGUGUGCACUAUUCCAACGUACUCGUAAAACCCUCGGCCGCACAGCGAUGGGAGUGCCACUGAAACCGACAGAUAUGUUGGUGUGGUUUGUGGUACUGACAACAGCGAUACUCUCAACACCGUGUUUAGGAGCUGAACUAGUUUAUCUAGACCCGAAGAUCACCGUCUACUUUGGAGACCAGCAGCCGACAGCAGAGCUGAUGAAACGACCAUUCCCUUACCUGCCUCACUGCUCCACGUAUCACUACGACAGGCCUCCUAACAACACUGGCAUUAGAAAGAUCAGCAGUACAUCCAGCAUCCUACUACCGACCAUACGGAAAGAAGGAGAUUGCCUGGGCGAGUACUGCAUAGCCUACUUGGACACCACCUUAAAGCAGACACUUACAACGGGAGAUUCGGGACUCUACGAAUGUACCGUGGGCACUAAGAAGUCUGCACAGCAGUACAACCUUAAAGUCAUUAUCCCUCAGCAGCUGGCCACUACUGUUAUUCCGACCCUGGCACGUGUGUUCACUGGUCAGACGCAGAAUGUUUCGUUUGAAACUAUCGGAUCGGUCGACAUGGAUGUGUCGUGCCUCGCUACCAUGACGUUGCCCUCAUCUCGCUCUACUAUCACAAAUUCAGCACAAAGCGGAGACACCAGGCUUGCCACCACUACCUUCUUCUUCAAGAGCCCCGCACAGUCCGGAAGGCAGUCCCUCCAGUUCAGUGUUACAUGUACGACCACGUACAAGAAUGUUGACUGCGAUGGACCGACAUCUGAGUACUAUGUCCGACCAAUGGCUUCUGUUGGACGUUGUAAAACAUCAGCCAAACCCCUUGUGACCUCUCUCUCAGUAACGAUAAAUGAUGAAGAUGAAUGCGCCACGGGCUUGCAUCGGUGUGACGCCAAUGCUACAUGCUCAAACACAGUCGGGUCAUACACAUGCGCCUGCAAUCAACAUUUUUCUGGCAAUGGACUCAAUUGCACAGCAGUGGGUUGCCUCGAACCUGUCAUCUGGUAUUUUCCACGGAAACUGCCAAGGUCUUAUCCUGCAAGACCAAACGAGAAAAUUCAUUUUUUCUGCUUCAAUGGAUACAACUUAGAGGGAAGCAGCUUUCUUACCUGUCAACAUAAUUAUACAUGGGAUGGACCAGUUCCUACCUGCGAAGGUAAUAGAGAAAGAUUACCGCGGGAGGCGAUGCAAGCAGUCCAGAGAGCAACUGUGGACGUUCACAUAGUCGGACUACCUGUUGAUCCGUUCUCUUCAACGUACAGUGGUUACUGUGAGAGCUGGACCGUGACGAUCACCGAGGUGUCCCCUUCUGAUCAAACUGAUAUCAGCACCGGUGUCCAGCAGCAUACUUACCUCCUGGCCUGCCAGCUGGGCCCGCACAAAAGGGCUGCGUGA